AAAUUCCCCGCAGGUUCAAAUCGCAGCUCCCCCGCGCAGAAUGAGGUCAGCUGUGUCGCCGCCAAGCAAGGGCAUCGUGUGGCGGCGCAGGAGCACCGAGGUCGAACCUGCCUCCUGCCACGGCACCCAUUUCGCGAGCGCAGCCUUUAACUGACACUUGCCAACUUCACCUCCAGCUCACCAGCUGGACUCAAUUGUGGCCGUCUCGAUUAGGGUUUCUCUCUGCUGUGUUUUGUAUACCCAUCAUGGUCACGCUUUGAGGCCCCCUCCAAUUUGUUCUUUUCACUCGCCCUUCGCGACUCGCCCGACUGCUUGCCUUGCCCUGGAUUUUGCCAGCUAGGAUCGACCCUCGGAUCUAACCCCCGCGCCGCCAGCCAUGCCUCCAAGAUUGGCCAUCCUUUCCGCGGCUUCGGCGGUGCUGCUGCUGCCGCAUAUUGGAGCCUCGCAGUAUGCUCAGCAGGAGCCCAUAGGCGUGUUUGACAUGGAUGCUUGUCCGGACUACAGAACAUAUUCAACAUACAGGCACAAACCCCUCAGCACCGGGCCCCUCGAGCUCCCCUACCAGCGGCCGGACCCGCGUUGCCGUACCUUUCGCUCAGACGCCAUUGAGCAGGUCAUUGAGGACGUGACGUCGCGCAUGAAGGAUCCGGACCUGGCCCGCCUGUUCGAGAACGCCUUUCCCUCGACGACAGACACGACAGUCAAGUUUCACACGGACGGCACGACGAAACAGAUAACAUACGAUGACGGCACUGGGGGGUUAUAUGGGAGCCGCGGCUCAAACCAGGAGAACGCGUGGGAGGGCCCUCAGUCCUUCAUAAUCACGGGCGACAUCGUGGCAGAGUGGCUGCGUGACAGCACGAACCAGCUAUCUCCUUACCAGCCCCUCGCACGCAAGGACCCGGCCCUGCGCACGCUGAUCUUGGGCGCUAUCAACACCCAGGCCGAGUAUGUCAUCGAGAGCCCCUACUGCAACGCCUUCCAGCCGCCCCCUAUCGCCACCGAGCUUCCGCGGUCUUACAAUGGGCAGCAAGAUACGGUGCAUCCUGCCUACAACCCAGAAUUCGUCUUUGAGUGCAAGUACGAACUUGACAGUCUCGCCCAUUUCCUCGCCCUCGGCAACGAAUUCUUUAAGGCUACGGGGUCGUCUGCGUUCGUCAACGCCCGCUGGCUGCUUGCUGUCGAGACCCUGCUGCGUGUGCUCGAGGAGCAGUCCAUGGGCACCUUUGACAAGAACGGCCGCUACCGCCACACCGAGUACACAUUCCAGCGCAACACAAACACGGGCACUGAGACGCUCAACUUGGCCGGGGUAGGCAAUCCGCUCCGUAACGGCACCGGCCUCGUGCGCUCCGCCUUCCGCCCCAGCGAUGACGCCACCAUUCUUGGUUUCUUCAUCCCCGCCAACGCCAUGAUGGCGGUCGAGCUGCGCCGGACAGCGGACAUGCUCAAAGCUGGUGGCUCACGCCAGGACUCGCUGGUGAAAGAUAUGGAGCGCUGGAGUAAGACUAUCACGGACGGCAUUUGGGAGUAUGGAGUCGUUAAACACCGCGAAUUUGGCAAUGUGUUCGCAUACGAGGUCGACGGCUACGGCUCCACCAUAAUGAUGGAUGAUGCCAACUACCCAUCGCUCCUGGCCCUGCCGCUCAUGGGCUUCGUUCCACGCGACGACGAGACGUACCAGAACACGCGCAGGAUGAUACUCGCAAAGAACUCGAACCCAUAUUAUCUGAAAGGAAGGGACUUUCGGGGUAUUGGAGGCCCGCACAUCGGACUGAUGAACGCCUGGCCAAUGAGUCUCCUAAAUCAGGCGCGGACGUCAGAGGAUGACGCGGAGAUUCUGGAGUGCCUAGACUAUGUCCUCAAUUCGGCCAAACUCGGCCUUGUGCAUGAAAGUAUCGACGUAAACUUUAUAACUUCCUACACCAGGAGUUGGUUUGCAUGGGCCAACGGGGUCUUCGCCGCAACCAUCUUGGAUUUGGCCAAGCGGAAGCCUCAUCUGAUCUUCAAGGCGCCUGCGGAGCCUUACAAGAUUUGAGUAACCUUCUUUUUGUCCAAUACCCACAGCAAUUGUCAGUGUAUCAGAAGGGCCUUCUCGAGAAGCAUCCAUGGUUCCUUUUUAUGUGCCAGCAGCUUAUGCUGCCGUCCUGAAAUUGGACCGAAAUCGGUAAUAUUGAGGUUUGGAAAGACGUGACGCGCCGUCACGGGUAGCGUCGGCACAGGCGUGGCGUUUGGCGUCGUGAGAAUGCCUCAGACAGGUUCUUGGUUGUGUGAUUGGCUGGUCUUGCUGCGGAAUGGUUAUUUUCAGUCUUGUUGUUUUCUUUUUGUUUAAUGCUGCCCGCAGUCGAGGCCAAUGUAGAAGGUGCUUUGUUUAUAGAAUAAUACCUGCACCAAGGCUGGAUUGCGAGAGAGUCGC